AUGCUACUCCACACCUCACACACCAAACCCCCCGGUCAUGCUACUCCACCCCUGACACACCAGACCCCGCGGUAUUCUACUCUACCACUCACACACCAGAUCCCGCUGUUUUGUUACCCCACCCCUACCACCAGACCCCGCGGUCAUGCUACUCCCCCCCCGCUGUUAUUACACCAGACUCCGCGGUCAUGCUCCUCUCCCCCUCACACACCAGACUCCGCGGUCAUUCUACUCUACCCCUCACACACCAGCCCCCGCGGUCAUGCUACUCUACCCCUCCCACACAAGACCCCGCGGGCAUGCUACUCUCCCCCUCAAACACCAGACCCCGCGGUCAUGCUACUCUAUCCCUCACACACCAGACCCCGCGGUCAUUCUACUCUACCCCUCACACACCAGCCCCCGCUGUUUUGUUACCCCACCCCUAACACCAGCCCCCGCGGUCAUGCUACUCUACCCCCCAAACACCAGACCCCGCGGUCAUGCUACUCUAUCCCUCACACACCAGACCCCGCGGUCAUUCUACUCUACCCCUCACACACCAGACUCCGCGAUCAUGCUACUCUACCCCUCACACACCAGACUCCGCGGUCAUUCUACUCCACCCCUAACACCAGACCCCGUGGUCAUGCUACUCUAUCCCUCACACACCAGACCCUGCUGUUAUGUUACUCCACCCCUAACACAAGACCCCGCGGUCAUGCUACUCUACCCCUCAAACACCAGACCCCGCGGUCAUGCUACUCUACCCCUCACACACCAGACUACGCGGUCAUGCUACUCUACUCCUCACACACCAGACCCCGCGGUAAUGCUACUCUACCACUCACACCAGACCCCGCUGUUAUAUUACUCCACCCCUGA